ACACAGGUGUGUCUUUUUUACCUCAUUGCGUCUGUCUGUGGGAAAUCCACCUCCAUAUACAAAUCAGCUUAAUUUUCAGGAUUUAUUACAAUGAAGGUUCCACCGGCGGAACUGAUGAGUGAUAUACUGCUGCGGGUGAGGGGGGAGGCUGUCCUCCCUGUUCACAGCAGCAUUGCAAAGUUCAAACGUAAGGAUGGCAUGUAUGUGGUCGCCGAGGACUACAGUGAAAUUGUGAAAAAAAGGGAAAUUGUGAACGCCAAAGAACGUCUGCGGAUUAGGAACCUGAACACCAUGUUCUUCCGCUUGAAGCGCAUGGUGCCCCUCAUGCGCCCCGACCACAAGCCAAGCAAAGUGGACACACUCAAGGCGGCCUCCGAAUACAUCCGAUUGCUAGUGGCCGUGCUUCAGGACACUGAAAAGGGAGACACCACCGGCGGGACUGACUUCCUGAAGAAGGCCAUUAGUUAUGGAAAUGCUGAGGCCAUGAACAGUGGCUUGUGGGAAGAAGACGAUUUAAAUGACCUGUCAGAGCUGAAGAUGUCCGAGGGAUACACGCUGACUUUGCCUGUCGGAGCCUAUGGGGGAGAGCAAGCCGACCUCAAUGGACUGCUGCUGCAACACUGUGUGGUGCCCACCUACCAGUUCAUCAUCCAGAUUGCACCCGAUCAGUUUUGAUUAUAUGAAGGAUUAUAUAUUGCAGCUUUGCCCGAAAAGCCCCAAAUACAUGGUGAUUUUGAUGACCCAUUUCCAAAUCUUCCUUCAAGUGACGUCCAAGAUGGCAGUGUUUACUUAUGAUGGUCCCACCCAGUUGAACGCACCAACUGGUAGGCUGAUCUAUCGGUCAUGCAUCGGGGUAGACACUUGUGAUGUCGAUAUGGAGACCUGAGCAACCAUGGAUUACCUUUCUCCGUGCCCAGUGGCGGUUUCCCCAGUGCAAGGUUUAAUCUUGCAGCAUUUCGAACUGUCAUCCAUU